GUCAGUUUAUAGUUUGAAACUGUGAGAUAUUGCACCACAAAAGUCAACGAAUCAAACUUUUUGACCAUUUGAGAAAUUUGAUCAGAGAUGCUGUUGUAUUGUAUAUUGUUAGUAUGUAUGGUGGAAGGAGUUCAGUCAGGCUGUGAUCCUAACUAUGGACCAGCAGGCACUACUGAGUGUGUUAGCUUUAAACUGUACUAUAAUCAAUAUCAAUGGGCUACCUGUCUCACUAACAAAUACAUCCAGCAAAAGAGUAACCACAAGCAUAUUUGUAUCAACCGAUAUGCCACUUACUGCUACUAUCAGUGCAUGAUUGAAGUGCACAACAAAGAAUCUGGUACUGUAAGUAAGGACUGCGCUUGUACGCCAGGUCAACCAACUGGUUCCCCAUCAGCAACUCCAACAACGCUGCCACCACAGUGCUUUAGUCCGUCUGGUGCGACAUGCGAGUGGUAUCGUAAUUGUCUGGAAAAGAAGUAUCCUUGUGAGGACACGACUAACGCCUACGCCAUCCGGUAUGCCGAGAAGUUCUGCAAUAUGUACAAUAAAAACCGAUACUUGUUCUCUUCCAAAGGCCAGCAAUGGGUGGAUGCCGUCAGAAAGUGUCUACAAGUUUCUUUGGUGCCGUUACUCCGUCCAUGGCGAUCGCCAUCUUGCCAAGAGAUACGCAGAGCUGCAUUUGAUUCCCAUACUCCGUGUUAUCUUCGCCCAGAUAAAGGCGCUCCGUCGGUGUGCGAUUUAGAGUGCUUAGAGUUCUUUAAGAUCUUUUUCACCAUAAAAGGAUCAUUUGUGAAACUGGACACCGCAGGCGAAUCACUCAAAGGUGCAUGGAAUAUCUUGAACCAGUGUGGCUUGAAGUGUACUUACAAUUGGUUUAGACAAAGUGUUACGAUCAGAAUGGUCAAAAUAUAUUUCAAAUUGAUAACCCAAAAGACAAAACGGCUAUUCAAGAGAUCUUCUGAGGAUCCUCUACCAGAGGAUGACAAGCAAAGCCGAUUUGCAGAGGAGGUUGUAACGUACAUAUCCAACGCACUGAAGUGGAAUCCAGAAGUAAUGGACUGGUUUUCGUUUUCUAAUACUAACUCAUCUAUCCUCUAUGUUGCUUUGGCCGACAAGAAAGGGCUAGGAAUAGUGCAAACCUCUACUCCUGCAGUCAACUUGAACAACACUAUUGCAGGCCUGGCCACAGCCAUCAAAGAAAGCCACAUUCCUGUUCAAGUUAAUGGAUCUAAUGUUUGGCUCAAGUCAUUAGACUCCUGUUCUGACAAAACCUGCAGUCAGCCCAGGUCCCUGGCGAUUUCUGAGAAGCCUCCAAAAUUCCCAAGUAGUGGUGGAAUGUUGGUGAAGAGUGGUUACUUUGUUGGUACCACCUUCCUGGUCAAUUCUCUCAUCCUUUGGUGGCCUAAUAACCCAUUCUAAGUUUUGUAAUCGAAACUGGUAAUGAUAUCCACUCAUUUAACCAAACCAAGCAAUUUUAAACCAUUAAGAGAUGAAUAUCCAUCGUUUACUUUUUAGUUUUUUGAGAUUUUCCUCAUAAAGAGCUACUGCAGUUUGUAAUCUUAAGAGUUUAGUACUAUGAAGUGAUAAAAUAGCAUCGUGUAGUUGUAUGUUUAAAAUUUCUUAAUAAAGAUUUUAAGUUUGCAAUAUUUUUAAAAGGUUUGCGAAGUCGUUUUUGAGUUAAAAAAGGAUUAGUUUGGAAUGUGGCAACGGGGUAGCGAAUAUAGUUAUAAUACGCCAAGAAACAGUGUAGUUCCCAAUAUAGUUUAAUAUGUCAUUAAUUGAAAUAUCGUAGACUUUUUUUGUUUUUUUGUUUUUGAUAUUUUAUUUUAAACAUGACAGAGUAGGAAUAAAUAGUAGAAUGAGAAAAAUAAUUUACAAUUAGGAAAUAUCGUAAACUAUUAAAAUCUCUUCUCUUUGAUUUCUUUGAACAAUCAAGUCCUGAUGUUCUGAAGAUGAUGAAAACCUACAAUUGAAAGAAAACAGAAGAUUGUUAAACCAAAAUUGUUAAGCAGCAUAGUGGCAGGCAUACUGUUAUGUACGUAUCGUACAUCAUGUAUGCUGUGGUUUGUUAUGUAGAGGCGUGAAAAAGGCUUUUGAAAACAGCUAAAUAAAUGACGCAGUCUCGACACCCUGAGAA